AGGCGAGGGGAGGUGCCCGACCCAUCCUUUAUCCUGCAAGCGCGCCUGUACCAAGGGGUCGUUCGUGACGGAUCUACUGGGAGAGAGAGCCGGUUGAGGUUUUCUGCGUUUCUGUCUUGAGGGCCUAAACCCAGUGCAGCCACCAUGGAUGAUGUUUAUAAAGCAGCGGUCGAGAACUUAACAGAAGAACAGAAAAAUGAGUUCCGUGCUGCCUUUGACAUCUUCGUGCAGGGUGCGGAGGAUGGCUGCAUCAGCACGAAGGAGUUGGGGAAGGUCAUGAGGAUGCUGGGGCAGAACCCCUCCCAAGAAGAGUUGCAGGAGAUGGUGGAUGAGGUAGAUGAAGACGGCAGCGGGACAGUGGAUUUCGAUGAGUUCUUGGUCAUGAUGGUGCGCUGCAUGAAAGAGGAGAGCAAAGGAAAGUCAGAGGAGGAGCUUGCCGAGGUCUUCCGCAUGUUUGACAAGAACGGAGAUGGCUAUAUCGAUUUAGAUGAGCUAAAGAACAUGCUGGAGUCAACAGGUGAGGCCAUCACAGAAGACGACAUUGAAGAACUCAUGAAGGAUGGAGACAAAAACAACGAUGGCAAGAUUGACUAUGAUGAGUUCCUUGAAUUCAUGAAGGGAGUUGAAUAAGAAGUAGACAUCCUGGAAUGGCCCUCCUGUGAACUACCUUCAGAAAAGAACAUCUGGAAACCUCUCCAUCGCUUUUUAUGAACCUGAAAAUCCCUCAAAUAUUUUCUUAUAAUGUGAAGGCUUAGCCCUGUUCACACUGCCGUUCUGCAGUUUCUGUAAAUAAUGAUUGACCACUUCUAUUAGAUUAUGUUUCUUGAUGCAAUAGACACACACUUGUUUGGCUUGAGGGACAUUUCUACAUAUUCUGGCUACUCAUCCAUACAAGGCCAAGAACAAAACCAUUUGGCUUAACAUUCUAGAUUCAUGUUACAAUAAAAGCUUCUGACUUUUUAAAUCA